UCGUCGUAUCCGUUGUGCGAACGUUACGUUAUUAACGCGAGUGCUAGUGCUGUUUGUAAGCUUUAGUAGAGCGUUGUAGUCUCAUAGCAUCCGGUCGUCCAGUCGUCGAAUUGUGGAGUCGAUUGAAUUGAGUUGUUUAUUGUUGUGUGGUUUUGAUUUUGCCAUAAUUUUAUAAUGUUUUUGCGUGCGUGCGUGCGUGUAUAAUUAAAUUAAGAAAAUUAUUCGAAAAUAUUGAUAUCCACUUAAAAUGUAAAAAUAACAACAACAAAGAAUUCCAACCAGAAAAAAGGCGUUUUUAUUUCAGCUUAAGAAUCAUCAAGCAAAAUAGAAGCUGGAAAAAUAUCGAAGUGGAGGAGCUAAAGUAGAAGAAGCAGAAAAAAAAUAACAACAACCAAAGUAUGUGCGUAAUGUAAACGAAAAAAAAUUUUGUAUUAACAAAAACAAAAAACAGAAGAGUGCGAAACUACGAGUAAAAGAGAAUAUCUUGAGAGAGCGCCAGAAGAUAUAUUGGAAUUGUGUUAGGUGUAUUAAUAAAUUAUGUUUUGUUGUUGCUGUUAUAUUUUGGCCACAACAACAACAACAGUGACGACGGCCCCUCUGGGAAUUAUAAAAAUAUAAGCAAAUAUAAUGUUGAUGCAUGAAAUGUGAAGAAGGAGCCCCAAAACAAAAAAUCGGCAAACAAAAGCAGUGAAACGAGUUGUAAAUGGGGAAUCAUAAAAAUGCCAAAAAGUCAUUCAUAACAAAGCUCCCCUCCAACAAAUGUGAAUGUUGCUAUGUUUGUGCAUGUGAAUGUGUUCAGGCCAUUUCUAUGACAACACCAACAGGCAGUCAGUCGGUCUAAAGAACCUUUUUGGAACGAGGCCAUUAAAACGAAAAAACAAAAAAUCACCCACCAAAAUUAAAUUCUAAAUAAAAAGAAAACACGUCCAAAAAAGAAAACAACAAACAUUAAAAAUUGCACCACACCCUGUUGUGUUUUGUUUUCUGUUUGACAUCUUCAUCAGGCAGUUGGCUAAAUGUUGUUGUUUUGUAGAGUGCCCUUGAAAUUGCAUUUGGUUUUUGUUGGGCCUAGUCAGACAAAAGCACCCCACCAUACAACACCAGUAUAAAAUGUCAAUUGCUCCAGCAACAGCAAAUAAUAACAACAAUAAGAACAACAUCAUCAAGCAAUAUCCCAAUAUCCUCUUCCUUCUUUAGAGAUGCUGCUCAAAUGUUGUUGACACUCAUUCAACUGACAAAACGUUUGCUCGCAGGAAGUGUGAUGUCAUUCUAAGGUUCUACUAACAGUGCUGUAUACUCUCUCGCUCUCUCGAAACACUUUCAUCCUAGUGACUGCCACACUUGUUCUCUCGCUCACUCAAUGUGUUAGGGCGCGCGAAAUAAACAAAUGUGAAUGUUUUGUUUUUUUUUUUUUUUGUAUUACCGUUAACCAACAAGAAAACAUCUGUUUUAAGCUACCAGCAGCAAAAGCUAGUUGUGUGCGCGCGUUUGUGUAUGGUUUCGUUUUUCUUGUUUUGCAACAAAAGGAAAUCUAAGCUUUGCAGCAGUUUACCUUAAAGUAUUAAAAAGUGUUUUUUUUUGUGCGUGCGUGUGUGUGUGUGAGUGUUAACCAUUAUCAAAAUGCCUUCGCCAAGGCUUAAGCAACACCGUCAAUGUCCUCUUCUGCAUCGACAAUAUCAUCAUUGUUCCCGCACUGCUGCUGUUUCAUCAUCACCUUCAUCCCCAUCGUUGUUUCAUGUUAUGUUUUGUACAUUUGCAUUUGCCAGCAUAUGUCUGCCAAUGUCAAUGGAUGCUGCUGCUGCAAACCCAACAACAACAAAUAUCAAAACGGAUACGCAGUCAAAAGCAUCAUUGCCAGCGUCCACGCUAUCAACGACGGGUGCUAGUUCAGCUGCUUUUGCAGCAGCCGCCAUUGAUGAUUUCUCAUCGCAUUCUGUGAUAUAUCCAAAAAUUCAUCAUGCGAGACAUAAAAGAGAGCUGCGUCAUACCUUGGACACGGAUGGUCUUCAUGUGCCCCAUAUCACAUUAACGUAUCAUCACAAGGGUCAACGCAUUUUAAUUGAUCUGAAACGUAACGACAACCUACUGCCCGACGAGCAUUUUCUACGUUAUCAGAAUUCGAACUCAACCAAAGGACAUACUGUGAAAACCUUUACCAAGACUGAAAUCGAUUUGUGCCAUUAUCAGGGUUCCAUACGUGAUAAGCCUCAAUCGUAUGUGGCGGUAUCGACGUGUAAUGGUGGCGUCAAUGGUGUCAUUUUCGAUGGUAUUGACACAUAUUUCAUACAUUCUGGCAGUGAUGGCCAACUGGAGGAUGAGCAUUUAUUAUUUAGACAUUCGGACUUUAACAAAAAUGCCACCUGUGGCUAUGACCACGAUCAUCAUAAUGAAAAAGAGGACUUUCUACAAAAGGUCGCUGAAAACAAGGUGCCCAAUGUGGUCAAUCAUAUUGAUGGGGCCGAAUUUAAUCGCAUACUGAGAUACAAACGUUCAUAUGAUGACAACAAUAUGAUACGUGGUCCUUACAAUUCCAACAAACACUCAUCCUAUGUGGAAAUUGUCAUUGUGGUGGAUAAUAAGGCCUACAAGUCCUUUAGUGAGAAUACAAAGAAAGUGCAUCAGCACUGCAAAGAUUUGGCCAAUAUCAUGAAUGCGCUUUAUGUGCCCCUAAACAUUUUCAUUGCCCUGGUGGGUGUGGUCAUCUGGAAUGAAUCGAAUGAAAUAGAAAUCACCCCCGAUGCUGAUAUAACCUUAAGAAAUUUCCUUAAUUAUCGUCGGACCAAACUGGUUUUGGAACAUCCCAACGAUAGUGCGCAAUUGUUGACCAAAAUCAAAUUCGAUAAGGGUGUUGUGGGCAAAGCCUUCAAAGGUCCCAUCUGUACCCACGAAUACUCGGGUAGUGUCAACGUGGAACAUAGCCCCAUAGUGGGCGUUGUGGCCACCACCAUGGCCCAUGAGUUGGGUCACAAUUUUGGCAUGGAACAUGAUUCCAGCGAUUGCAAGUGUCAAGAUGAGAAAUGCAUCAUGUCGGCGAGUAGUACCUCAGUGUUGCCGGUUCAUUGGAGCUCAUGCAGCAUUGACCAGCUUAACAUUGCCUUCUCGCAUGGCAUGAACUAUUGUCUGCGCAAUAAACCCACCAAACUCUUUGAUUCCCCACAAUGUGGCAAUGGUUUUGUGGAGCCUGGCGAACAAUGCGAUUGUGGCCUGCCAGCCUAUUGUGAGAAUACCUGCUGUGAUCCCUAUACCUGUAUGCUGCAUACAAAUGCCUCGUGUGCCACUGGAGAAUGUUGUGAUUUGGCCACUUGCCGUCCCAAAGUGGCGGGCACACAAUGUCGAAAUGCUGAAAAUGAAUGUGAUCUGCCCGAAUAUUGUACCGGCGAAUCGGAAUAUUGUCCCCAGGAUGUGUUCAAGCGUGACACCGAAGAAUGUGAUGGUGGCCAGGCCUAUUGUUAUCAAGGCAAUUGCCGUUCCCAUACCUAUCAGUGUAGAGUGUUGUGGGGCCCCACUGGGGAGACCUCAGAGCCUUGCUAUUCCCAAAUGAAUAUUCAGGGCAAGCGGGGAGGCAAUUGUGGCUACAAUCGUCUGAACAACACCUUCAUAGCCUGCGAGGAGGAGAAUGUCUUGUGUGGUAUGUUACAUUGUCGCCAUUUGAAUGAGCGACUGGAAUUUGGCAUGGAAACGGCGGCGGUGCUGUCACAUUCCUUUAUAACCUAUAAAAAUGAUAUAGUGCCCUGUCGCACAGCAUUGGUGGACUUGGGUUUGCAAUCCACCGAUCCUGGUCUAACACCCAAUGGUGCUAAAUGCGGUGAGGAUAGCAUGUGUGUUAAUCAAAAAUGCUUGGCCAUAGCUCAGCUGAGAAGAACGGGCAUGGGACGCGAAUGCCCCGAGGAUUGCAAUGGCAAUGGCAUUUGCAAUAGCAAGGGUAACUGUCAUUGCAAUAUAGGCUUUACAGGACACACUUGCAAGAUGCCGGGGCCAGGAGGCUCAGUGGACAGUGGGCCGGCUACGAAUCCCAAUAGUCACCAGGCUUUCCAACGUUUCAUGUACAUCUUCUUCUUUGCCGUCUUGCCCUUUAUGGCUGCCUUCUGCUUCUUCAUGUACUACUGCCGCCAUCAUCCGAUCUUUGCGGGCGGCAAAUUGGCCGAGAAUAUUAUCAAAUCGGCCAGCGGUGCUAAACAACCUCCAUCACGCGGCGGCGGCGGUGGCAGUGGCGGUCCUCAUGGCAACAAUGCCAAUCAAGUGAAUGCCAAUGGUUUACCCAAGUCAACGCCCAGCAGCACGGAUGACAUGAACUCGGCUCUGCUCAAGUCGCCCAGUGAUUCCAAUGACAUGGGCAAUGGUUUGUAUGGAAAAUUUAAGGGCUUCACCCUAAGGCCCUUGAAUGAUGCCACAUCGCCUACGAAUAAUUUCAGCGGACCCAAUGUGGCCUAUGUGCAGCCCACACUGCAGCAGGACAAUUCGUUGCAAAUACCCCAGAGAGCGGCACCACCACCACCCAUCAAGCAGGAGGUGAAAAUGAAUGGCACCUUGACCCGAAAGGCACCACCUCCACCCAUGGGUAACGGAGUGAUGGCGGCUCCUGCCUUGCCACCACCCAAUCCGGGUUCCACUGCCAGGCCCAUAAUAUCAAAACCAGUAUUGGAAAAUUCCACCGUGGCCUUGCCUUUAAAGGCCAUGGGUAGCUCCACAGAUCUAACACCUUCGCGACCAGCACCCUUGGCCCCGGGGGAACAUGUGAAAGCAGCUCCUCCACCUCCGGUGCCUUUGCAUACCGACCCAAAGCUGAAUGUGAAGAAGGAUGGCACCAUACGUCGCAUCACCUCGUUUUUGAAAAAGGAUGAAAAGCCGCCCAUGAAAGAGAAAACCUAUAUGGAUCGUGAAAAGUUAAAGAAUUUGGAGAUAUCAGCACCCAUACCCAUGCAACAGGCACCACAGGGUGAAUCCUCUAACUCCGACUCUGAGCUAACACCCAAAGAGGAGGAAACCAAGAAUCUGGUAAAGAGGGCCCAAUCCAUGCGUUCGCCCACCAAGAAGGCGAAUAUACAAAGUUUUGGUUCCAUGAGACAAAGUGGACCACCCGGCUCGGCCAGACCUCGCAGUGCGGUCUCCUCACAAACUCUCAAUGGGCAAAGGCCCAAAAGUCCACCACCCCGGCCACCACCUUUGAAAAAAACCAAUUCUACCACUUCGUCGGGCUAUCAAUUGCCCAUAGCAGUGCCCCGAGGCCCUGAGCACAUGUACGAUGAUUGUGAGUUUUCCGAAGAGGCAGAAGAAGCAUCUCCUGUCCAUCAACGGGCCUCGGACAUAGCAGAUGAUAUCUAUUCGGUUAUAGAUGAGAUACCGCCGGCAGCCCAAACUCUUAAACGCAUAGAUUUGGUGGGCAGUCAACGCAGCAGUGUGGCCAGCAGCAAUGAUUUGGGUCUGCUAGGCGAGAUAGUCAAUGAGAUGGAGAAGCGAAAUGGAGGCGGAGAAUCCCUAUAUUCAGCGGCGGCCUCAAGUUUUGUCAAAGCCAAACCAGCCAAAGAGGAGAUCAAAAGAAAAGAGAAAGAGGAAACGCUCAUAAGCCCCACUGCUGCCACUUUGGCCACUAAGCCGCCCACACAGCCGGCCUCAUAUUUAAGGCCAGCGCCUGUAAAUGCGCCCAUAGCACGGGUGGCCCCAACGCGUUCGGAUUUAUCACCGACCACAGCAUUUUCUAGUUUUAAGCCAACGGCAACAGCAAAUAGCCGAUUCCCGAACAACAACAACAAUACAACAACAUCAUCAUCAUCAGCAGUUGGAGCCAACAGAGGCAAAAGUUUUACCAAGCCAACAUUACAGAAACCACUGCCGCCCACCUCCAGUAGUAGUACCACUAGUAGUAGUAGUAGUAGUAGCAGCAAUAGUCAAAAUUCAAGGCCCCUCAGUGCGACCAUACAAAAACCAAAACCCUUGUCGGCCAAGCCUUCAUUUUCCCAACAAGGCAAAAAGUCCAACACAGGUGGCAUCUCUACACCGAAUGGUGUGGCCACAGCGGCAAAGGUCACCCCAAGACCACCUACAGCCCCAGUCUCUAGGAAUAAUUCAGCGGUGGCCUCACUAACGCAACGCUUUGAGAAGCCUGCAAAUGGAGGAAUUAGCAGCACCAGCACAACAACUGCAUCAUCUGCCACAACAGCGACAGCUGGAACGUCCUUAAGGAAAUAGUUUUAGAUAGAUUUAGAUUUUCUUUAAAGAAAACCAAAAUGGCACUGAUUUCGAAGAAAAAAACAAUUUUGUGUAUGGGGCAUUCCACUAUAUAAGUGAGGUGAAUGGUUUGAAAGUUUUUUUAAUUGAGGUGAUGACAGGAAAACUUUUAAUGGUGCACAGCUGAUAGCUGCAACAAAAGAGAAGUGCUAGACUGAAGAAGUGAAAUGAAAUGGCAGAUAAUAUUGAAGUUAUAAUAGAAUUAAGGAACAAUAGGAACCGACUGAAGUUAAGUUCGUUCUAUUUAAAGACAAGUUUGACCGGGAACUCUACUACAAGUAUAGUAGCUGAUAUUAUUUGAUGAUAAAAACCAAUUGCUUGCGAACUAGUUCAGUUCGUUCAUUGCAAAUUACUGAUCAAUUGAACUAGUUCAAUUGAACUAUUUCAGUUGUUUCCCUUUAAACACCUGUUCAAUUGAACUAGUACCAUUGUAAACCCUACUUACUACAAUAGAAGUUGACAUUCCUGGUGAAAAGUAAGCAAUUAUAAUCGAACUAGUUCAAUUGGAUCAUUUAAAAUUCCGAUCAAUUGAACUAGUUCCAUCGCGAACUCUAUUGCAAUAACAGCUGUUCUAUAUAUAUAUUUUUUUUUGGAUGAGAAACAAUUGUAGCGAACUAGUUCAGUUCGUUCAUAUGCAAUGAAACUAGAUUUAUUGUUCAUUUUAAAGACCCGUUCAAUUACAUUAACAGCUGAUCUAAUUUGAACCUGUUUAAUCGAACUAUUUGCUUCCCUUUAAAGACCUGUUCAAUUGAACUAGUUCAAUUGUGAACUCUACUUACUACAAUAGCUGCUUACAUUCCUGGUUGAAAGUAAGCAAUUAUAUUCGAACUAGUUCAAUUCGUUCAUAUAAAGUUCCGAUCAAUUGAACUAGUUCCAUCGCGAACUCUACUGCAAUAAAAGCUGUUUUUUUUUUUUUUUUGAUGAGAAGCAAUUGAAGGCGAACUAGUUCAGUUCGUUCAUAUGAAAUUGGACUAGUUUUGUUCAUUCAUUUUGAAAAACCGUCCAAUUGAACUAGUUCAAUUACAUUAAAGACCCGUUUAGUUGUUUCCCUUUCAAGAUCUGUUCAAUUGAACUAGUUCAAUUGUGAACUCUACUUACUACAAUAGCAGCUUACAUUCCUGGUGGAAAGUAAGCAAUUAUAAUCGAACUAGUUCAAUUCGUUCAUUUAAAGUUUCGUUCAAUUGAACUAGUUCCAUGGCGAACUCUACUGCAAUAACAGCUGUUAUUUUUUU